AUGGAUAAUCAAUUUACUUUCGAAUAUGAUUUCCCAAUAUUUUAGAGAAUCUUUGUCGAGGUCAGAAAUAAUUACGAUAAUAUUUAUAUGCAAGAAAUUAAAGGUCUUAAUAUGACCUUAAAUAUGACUUUGUCGGGAGAUACUCUAUUCAAUUAAAAAUAUAUUUAGCUAUAAAGAACCAAUGACUUUUAAAGAAAAUUAAAUUUGAUAAUUAGUUGCUUCUAGCUGGUUAGUAGAUCUUCUUAAGCAAAGCAAACACUUUACUCUUAAUUGCUCGAAUAAGUAGUGCUCCUAUACAGAUAGGUGAAUUCGCAAGACAGAGAUAAAUACUGCUUAAUAGAUUUGCAAUGCAUUCAAAUGAACUUUAAUUUGCUAUAGAUAGCAUUUCAGCUAAUUAAUGUAGUCAAUCCAAAUGAUAUCCGAUUAAAUAGAGAUGAAUUGCUUGAUAUUGUUGCUUUUGCUCUUCAAAACCCAUAAAUUAUUGAUGUUGAUGUCCAUUAAAAUAUUGGUUACUAAAUCGAUAAAAUUCUUGAAUUGAUGGGUCUGAAUUAGACUAUUUCAUUAAACAAAGAUUAAUAAGCUAAAUUCAACCUUAUUAAAAGGAGAUUAAUUGAAACUAAAAUUCAUCUAUCUUUACCAAGUUAAAGAAUAUAAAUUUAAUAUGGAUUAACAGAGUUCAAGGAUAAUAAUCACCAAAUUUACCUUCCUUAUUCUAAUAAUAAGAGAAUUUUAGCAUAAAUAAACCUUGUAAACUAAUCUGAUAAUUUACCUAAGGCUAUAUAUCUAGUAGAAAGAAUUCUUAGUCUUGACUUCUAAGAUGCAAAAGUAAAAUAAAAGAAAAUCGAAAGGAUGUACAAAAGUAAAGGAAAUUAAAUUCUAUCAAGCUAAACUACUGAUUCUUUUGGUGGGAGUGAGAAAAAAGAUGAAAAAAAGAUUACAUUAUUAGGAUAACUAAGAAUUUUUACAUUCCUCAACAAUUCAUUCCUUAGUCUAUUCUCAUACUAGCAUCAUGUUUAAUUAGUUCUGAGAAGUUAAUCCUUCUUUGGAAUCAUAUUCUCCUAUGCAGCUGUAACAGGAAUAUUCUUUGUUUUGCGUUCUCAAGCAAAUGAUUUUAGAAUAUUUAAUGAUGAAAACAUAGAUGGCUUUUUAAUAGCUAUAAUAGCAAUCAUACUUUUGCACUUCCCAUAGAAUUAGAUUAUAAGUUACACCUAUGGAUUGGAGUAAGAAUUAAAAGAAAAUUAGAAAGCCAAAUAAAGAGAAAUCAGUUAAGAUGGUAAGGAUAGUAUGAAAGUAUUGAUGAAAAGGAAAGAUGAAAAUUCUUUUGAAGCAACAUUUAUUCAAGAAGCAAAGCAAAGGAGUCAUACAGAUUAAAAGGGCAUUGACACUGAAAAUCCCUUAAAAUCUAGAAAUAAAAUGCAUUAGAAAAAAAGAUCAUCAACAACUUUUGAUUUAAAAGACGUUGAAUAGUAAAAAUCUGGCACUUUAUGUAUCUCAAAGGAAUUCGAGGAAUCGAUGGGACUUCCACAUAUUCAAAUGAAUCAAGAUUUUAAGAACCACAAUGUAUAGACUGAUAAUAACAAUCCAAUAACUUAGUAUUUCAAGGAUGAUAUUCAUAGUAUUAGUCUUAAUGAUAUGUCAAGUUUCUCUGACAGAAUUCCUUAGCUUUCAAGUUAAAAAAGAUAUGCUUAGGAUUAAUCUCUUAGAUUUAAAGAUUCAGGAUAGAAAAUAGAGGAGCAAAAAUAAGAGGAAGGUUCAAAUAAUAACUCAAUUAUUCAUGAGAUUGAUAUAAAAAUGGAAAUUGAUGAAACAAUUGACAAAAAUGAAAAUAAGAAAUCCACAACUGCUAACAUAUCCUCUAUAAAAUCAAAAGAUCAUUAUCUAAUGAAACUUGAAAAUCAAUAGUAAAUCAGCAAAAAGGUUAGAAACCAAUGCUUCUUAUUAUUUUUACUUAACGCAGCUGGUUUAUUAGCUAUUCUAAUAAUAUGUGCUUUUAUGUACCCAAUAGAUUUAUUCGCUUUUGUAUUGUCACUGAUUUUUCAAGCUUUGAUAAAUCUACUUGUAGUUUUAAUUAUUGGCACAAAAAUUAUUAGAAAAUGGAAUAGUGAGGUCAUUGAUUAGAACAAUCCAAAUACUGAUAAAUUUGGGAGAUUCUAUUUAACAGCGAUUAGAUAUUAAAUUACUUAUAAAAAGAUAAUGGAGAUUAUAAAAUAAUCCUGA